UUCCACACCAGUCAGUUACUGACGCCCGUGCCAGACAGACGUGUUACAAGAGGGCGAUCGUGUCACACGUCAUCACUUUCCAAACUUGAAAACUUGCCGCAAGUGUGUUGUGUGUGCUGUGUUGAUGUGAUUAGUGUGUGUGAGCAUGAGGGGCGCCUGGGUGGCGUGCUGGCUGCUAGCGGCGCUGGCAGCCGUAGAGGCAGAUAUGAGACACUUAGCAGGCGACACGAUAUGCCCUAACGGCAUGUUCCGUUGUGCGGACGGGAAAUGCAUCCCGGCGCUGUGGGUGUGUAACUACCAACAGGACUGCGAGAGAGGGGAAGACGAGCUGCAGUCUUGCCAGCCCCCGGAGUGCGAGGCGGGCCAGCUGACGUGCGGACAGUACGUGUGGAACAAGACGUACUGCAUCCCGCCGCACUACCGCUGCGACAUGUACGUCGACUGCGUUGACGGCACUGACGAGGCGGACUGCACGUACCGCAAGUGCCAAGUGGACGACUUUCAAUGUGGGGUAGAGAAUGCUGGCUACAGCAAAAUUUCUACGACACAGGGACCUUGCAUACCAAAGGAGAAGAAAUGUGACGGCUACGUAGACUGCAGAACGGGUAAAGACGAACAGGAUUGCCCCGGGAAUCCGCUCAGCUGUCGGCUCGACCAAUUUCGAUGCGCCUCAGGCAACAAGUGCGUGGACGCGAGCGCCAAGUGUGACCACAAGGAUGAUUGCGGAGACAACUCGGAUGAAGACCAAUGCAACUUCCCGCCCUGUCACAUAGGACAGUUCCGCUGCAGCAACGCGCUGUGUAUCCCGGUAACGUACCACUGCGAUGGCUACAAGGACUGUUCGGAUGGCUCCGACGAGACGAACUGCACCGCCAUUACGUGCCCCGAUAAUAAGUACCUCUGCCCCAGGGGCGGGCCCGGGGGCACACACAAGUGCAUCGCUCGGUCUCAGCUGUGUAACGGCAAGAAAGACUGUGAAGAUAACGCUGACGAAGAAGCUGCAUGUUCGACCGCGUCGUGCCCCGCGCUGGAGUGCGAGCAGCAGUGCGUGGCGUCGCCGCUGGGCGGCGCGUGCGCGUGCGGCGCGGGGCUGGCGCUGGCGCCCGACAACCGCGCCUGCCGCGACCGCGACGAGUGCGCCGAGUGGGGGCCCUGCCACCAGCUCUGCGUCAACACGCCCGGCUCCUACAAAUGCGCCUGCGCCCCCGGAUACACGCUGAUGGACAACAGCAGCUGCAAGGCGAACGCGGAGCCGCCCACGCUGGUACUGGCUCACGACAAGGGCUUACUAAAGCUGGACCUGGACAAACGCUUCCCCACUGUGCUGGCUAAUGCCUCGUCUGCCGCCGGACUGGACUAUCAUUACAGGAGAAACAUGCUGUUUUGGUCAGAUCUUAAAACUAGGAAGAUCCACGCGCAGCACCUGAGCGCGGGGCACAGCAGCGGCGACAUCUCGGUGCAGGGCUCGUGGGCGCCCGUGGCGCUGGCGGUGGACUGGGUCGGCGACAAGCUGUACGUGGCCGACGCGCUCGGCCAGAAGGUGGACGUGUUCGAGCUGGACGGCCGCGGCCACGCCGUCGUGCUCGGCUCCAACCUCACCAGCCCCGCCGACAUCGCGCUCGACCCCACGCUGGGUCUCAUGUUCGUCGCGGACAGCAGCCAGAUCAUUCGAGCAAACAUGGAUGGAACCCACUCCAGAUCGAUAGUCUCGGAAGCGACAUAUAAGGCGUCCGGCAUCGCUGUGGAUACGAUAGCGAGGCGGAUAUUCUGGUGCGACUCUCUCUUGGACUACAUCGAAACAGUCGACUAUGAUGGCAACUACAGGUUCUUAGUCCUCCGAGGCCAGCAAGUCCCCAGCCCGUCGAGACUGGCUCUGUUCGAAGAUAAAGUUUUCUGGUCCGACAGCACUAAGCAAGGAAUCAGUUCUGUCAACAAAUAUCUCGGCUCAUCCAGCAUAGAAGCCAUUUAUAAAAUUAAAGACAUAAGGGAACCGAAAGCAUUGACUGUCAUACACUCUUUGAAACAAACAUCUGUAAAUAACCCGUGUGGAAAUAACAACGGCGGAUGCUCGCAGAUGUGCAUCGUGACGGCGCUGCAGAACGGCGGCCUGGGCUACCGCUGCGCCUGCAACAUUGGAUAUAGAUUAGAGACUGACUUAAGAAACUGUGAUUUAGUUAAGGAAUUCCUCAUGUAUUCACAACAGAGAUUUAUUAAAGGAAAAGUUAUAAACCCCGUUAUAGAGGGUUUUAAUGACGCCAUCUUGCCUGUUGUUUCAAGACGUGCUCGAUUUGUCGGAUUAGAUUUCGAUUCGCGGGACGAGUACAUUUAUUAUUCAGACGUCCUGCAAGAUGUUAUUUACAGAGUACACAGAAACGGUACGACGAAGGAAAUCGUCUUGGCGUCACAAAAUGAAGGAGUGGAAGGUUUAGCUGUAGAUUGGGCGUCGAAAAAUUUGUAUUAUAUAGACUCCAGGAAAGGUACAUUGAAUGUUCUCUCAACGAGAAACGUUUCAUACAAGAGAACUCUAUUAAAAGACUUAAAAAGACCGCGUGCUAUAGUAGUCCAUCCGAACAAAGGCUUUAUAUUCUUUUCUGAAUGGGACCGUCCAGCUAACAUAAGCAGAGCGAACACUGACGGUAGUGGAUUAUUAGUAUUCGAAAAUGUGACUCUCGGUUGGCCCAAUGGCCUAUCGAUAGAUUUCAUGGCAGACCGACUUUACUGGUGCGAUGCUUUAUUAGACCACGUACAACAUGCCAAACUAGACGGAACAGACGUGCAAACUGUUAAUUCCAGACUGAUCAGGCAUCCUUUCUCGAUAGUGAUUUACAAGGACUUCAUGUUCAUAACCGAUUGGAGAUUAGAUGCCAUUGUACGCUUACACAAACUGACCGGAGAACAAGAAGACAUCAUGGUCAGGGAGCCGCCGACGAAUAGGCUAUACGGUGUUAAAGUUUACAGCGAAGAUGUUCAAAGAAUAGAUCCUAACCAACCGUGUUCCGUCAAUAAUGGAAACUGUCAGAAGUUCUGCUUCGCGAUACCUAGAAAUAACACAGAGUUACUGACUGUCAAGUGUGGUUGUCCGUACGGUGAAAAACUGGCAAAGGACGGCACGAGUUGCGUGCCAGAUCCUACAUUUGAACCGCCCCUACAAGCCUGCCCCAACACCUGGGACUUCACCUGUAAUAACCAACGCUGCAUUCCGAAAAGUUGGGUGUGCGAUGGGGACGAUGACUGCUUGGAUAACAGCGACGAAGAACAAAACUGCACAAAAACGACGUGCAACGCAUCCGAAUUCAUGUGCAAGUCGGGUCGCUGCAUCCCCGCCACGUUCAAGUGCGACUCGGAGAACGACUGCGGCGACUUCUCAGACGAGACGGGCUGCGUCAACGUCACCUGCAGCUCGUCGCAGUUCCAGUGCGACAACGGCCGCUGCGUGCCCAACACCUGGAAGUGCGACUCGGAGAACGACUGCGGGGACGGCUCCGACGAGGGGUCGCAUUGUGCAGAGAAGACUUGCGCCUACUUCCAGUUCACGUGCCCGCGCACGGGGCACUGCAUCCCCGCGUCGUGGGUGUGCGACGGCGACGACGACUGCUUCGACAAGCAGGACGAGGCCGACUGCCCGCCCGUGUCCUGCCUCGCCAGCCAGUUCAAGUGCGCCGACCUCAAGCAGUGCGUGCAGGAAGCGUACAAGUGUGACGGCAUCCCGGACUGCAACGACGGGUCGGACGAGGCGGGCUGCCCCUCGCUGGCGCCGCACCAGUGCGCGCCCGACAAGCAGUUCCAGUGCAAGACGUCCGGCAUCUGCAUCCCGCACACCUGGUACUGCGACGGCACGCCGGACUGCGAGGACCUGUCGGACGAGCCGGCGGCGUGCGGCGCGGCGGCGUGCCCGGCCGGCCACUUCCGCUGCGCCAACGGGCGCUGCGUGUUCCGCGCCUACGUGUGCGACGGCCGCGACGACUGCGGCGACGCGUCCGACGAGGGCGCCGCGCACGCCUGCCACCCGCCCGCCUUCAGAUGUCCAGCGAACCAAUGGCAGUGCCCCGGAGUCACAAAUCGAUGCGUCAAUAUCACACAAGUCUGUGACGCGAAUCUUGACUGUCCCAAUGGUGCUGAUGAAGGUGAGGGCUGCGAUUUCGCUGAAUGUGACCACCGCUCCGGAUUAUGUUCCAACGAAUGCAAACAAACUCCAACCGGCCCGCUGUGCCUGUGUCCCAGCGGAGAAGAGCUGGAAAGCGACGGUUUCACCUGCAAGGACAUCGACGAAUGCAACCCGCCAGGCUUGUGCUCGCAGAUCUGCACAAACACGAAACGAUCCUACUUCUGUAGCUGCGUGGACGGCUACCAACUCGCUGCCGAUAAACAUUCCUGCAAAGCGAAUAACCAUUCUAGUGCUUUCUUGAUCAUAUCCAAUAGACAUUCCAUAUUGGUGGCGGAUCUGAAUGAGCAAGGCUUAGAACGAGUUCCAAUUAACGUUGAGAAUGUAGUUGCAACAGCGUCCAACAUGCACACGGGCACGAUAUUCUGGUCAGAUAUGAAGCUCAAGAUUAUUUCACGACUGGACCGGGGUAGCGAACCGCAAAUCCUGGUAUCAACCGGGCUGGAUCUCGUCGAAGGGUUAGCUUACGAUUGGGUGGGAGGAAACAUAUAUUGGCUGGAUAGCAAACUUAACACGAUCGAAGUAUCUAAAGAGGAUGGAAGUUCGAGAACUGCGCUGGUCAGCGGCAACAUAACUCAGCCAAGAGGCAUGUGCUUAGAUCCAGCUCCCAACGCGAGGUGGCUAUUCUGGACCGAUUGGGGAGAAAAUCCUCGUAUCGAGAGAGUCGGUAUGGACGGUACACAACGUAUGGCGAUCAUUACCACCAAAAUUUACUGGCCUAACGGUUUGACGCUUGACACGGCGACACAAAGAGUUUAUUUUGCGGAUUCUAAAUUAGACUUUAUCGAUUUCUGCUACUACAACGGGUCCGGAAGACAGCAAGUGUUAGCUGGAAGUCACUAUCUUCUACACCCGCAUUCGCUUACGUUGUUCGAAGACACAUUAUACUGGACUGACCGUCAGUUGAACCGAGUUUUAUCUGCGCACAAGUUCAGAGGCACGAAUCAAACGGUGGUUUCACAUCUGAUAUCUCAGCCGCUUUCCAUCCACGUGCACCAUCCCUCGCUCCAGCCGCUGUACCAGUCGCCUUGCAAGCCAGAUACUUGUCAACAUCUUUGCCUGUUGAGUCCCAAUAAAACGACAGGAUACACUUGUAUGUGUAAACCAGGAUUUAAAUUAUUACCGGACGGAAAAUGUAUCGAAGAGGAAUCUCCGUAUCUAAUGGUUCUCAAAGGAUCACAAAUAAUAGAUUUGGCAACCGAUGGAUCUGGCAGAGCUGGGCAAUUACCUCCAGUUGUUGGAAUUCAAGGAGGAGUUCAGUUGGAUUACGACCGACAAGGACAUAUGUUAUACUGGCUUCAAUCAAUUUCUGGUGACAGUGAAGAUGACGAGAACUGCACGGUUUAUAGCAUGCCUUAUGGAGGAGGAAAUAAGGUCGAGUUCCUGGGUCAAGACAAUGGCAUAGUUGGCGCACCGUCAGCUAUAGCCUUUGAUUGGCUCGGAAGAAAUCUAUACAUGUCAAAUAGAGUCGCCAGUAACAUUGAACUUAUUCGUGUUGACGGUAAAGUUAAAUAUCGAUCCAUUGUAUUUGCUAAUGAUGGAAGUAGAAACUCAAUUGCUAAACCAAGAGGAAUAUGUCUGGAUCCGACCGAAGGAAAAAUAUACUGGGCUGAUGAAGGUGGCUAUGGUGUGCCAGCAAAGAUCGGAAAAGUUAACAUGGAUGGUACAUAUCCAGUCAUAUUAGUUGAUUCUAUAGAAAGACCUGAAGCUGUUACUGUGGAUAUAGAAAAGAAAAUAAUUUACUUCACCACCCAAUAUCCUGCAAGCGUUGUUAGCGUGAACACAGAAGGAAACGACAGAAAAACAAUUCUGACUGAAGCAAACGCUAUAUCGUAUCCAAAAGUAAUUUCAGUUCUCGAUUCGCGAUUGUACGUCUUGGAUCAACGCCACGAAAAGAUUUUCAAAGCUGAUCUUCCAAACGGAGACAAUAUUAAGGUUAUACUCGAUAAUGAAAGUGAUCUAAAAUCGAUGACAAUAUUCCAAAAAAGAAAAAUGAUGCAUCACCCAUGUUCGCAAAACAAUGGCGGAUGUGAACAAAUAUGUAUUCCAAGUGAAGGUGGAUCCAGAGUUUGUGCAUGCUCAGUGGGCUAUAGGAAAGAGAAUGAAAUAAACUGUGUUCCUUAUAAGACAUUUGCAGUAGUUUCUCAAUUGGAUCUAAUAAGAGGCUACAGUCUCGAAGGAAGCGCAGAAGCAAUGGUCCCAGUUACAGGCGUAGGGCACCACAUCUUGCAUGUUGAUGUUCACUUCGCAGAGAACUACAUUUAUUGGGUGGAAUUCAACCGUGGGCAAUGGAACGGUAUAUUCCGUGUUAGACCCAACGGCACCGAACUACAGCAUAUUGUAAAGGAUGGUAUUGGCAGUAACGGAAUCAGAGGCUUAGCCGUCGACUGGGUUGCUGGCAAUUUAUACUUCACUAAUGUCUUCCCACAUGAAAACUACGUAGAAAUGUCUUGGCUCGAUGGUUCGAACAGAAAAGUUAUUGUAAAAACAACUAUGGAUGCUCCACGAGAACUGGCAGUCAAUCCGAUAAAGAGACUGUUGUAUUGGAUCGACUAUGGUCAAUAUCCGAGAAUUGGAAAGGCCUACCUCGACGGAAGCAACUGGCAAACUCUUGUCACAUCUGGUAUAUCAAAUCCUAGAGAUUUAACGAUAGACAUGCUUACCCAUGACGUUUAUUGGGUUGAUUCUAAACUCGACCAAAUACAGAAAAUAUCAUAUAGCGGUGGCAAUAGACAACUUAUUCGAUCAAACCUUCCUAACCCAAUGGGUAUAGCAAUACACACGGGCAAUGUUUUCUGGGUAGAUAGGAACUUGCAAACAAUUUACAAGGCCUCCAAGUUACCUGGUAACAUGUCGAUGCCAGAAAAGUUAAGAACAAACCUUCCAAAAUUGAGAGACAUUGUUAUUUUUGAUAUAAACAAUCAGCCAACAGACGAAAAUAAUCCAUGUAGAAAGCUUGGAAAUGGAGGUUGUGAUCAGCUUUGCUUCAGUUAUCCACCUGAUGCUAACAAAGGCUAUACUCAUAGAUGUGAUUGUGCCACUGGUCAAAUAUCUGCCAACAAUCCUAAAAAGUGUGAUGUUGUUGACGAAUACUUGGUCUUUACUACGAGGACUGAAAUUCGCGCUAUCAAUUUAGAUCCUAAAUCAACUGGUGUUCCUUUCAAACCCAUUGGAAACUUAACCAAUGUCGUUGGGGUUGAAUUCGAUUAUGCAGAUAAUAAAUUAUUCUUCACACAAAUACGACCAUGGGCGAGAAUCGCAUGGAUGUCUGCAAACAACCCAGAUUUUUCUGGAAUACAAAACAUCAUCAACAAAAAUAUUAACCCCGAAGGUAUCUCAUACGAUUGGACGCAAAAGAAAAUCUAUUGGACUGAUAGUUCCAACAAUUCUAUAUACGCUAUGAAUUUAGAUGGUACGGAGUUAGUAAUGAUUGCAAGAGUCGAACGUCCAAGAGCAAUUGUUGUAGAUCCAUGCAAUGGAACAUUGUAUUACACUGAUUGGGGACGAUUUGGCACAUCUGGAAAAAUCUAUAGAACCACUAUGGCUGGAUCUUUAAAGAAAGCUAUUAUCGACAAAGAUUUAUCGCAGCCCAGCGGUCUUACGAUAGAUUUCGAGGAAGACAUGCUUUAUUGGACAGACGCUGUACGUGAAAAAAUAGAACGCUCGAAGCUGGAUGGUUCAGAUAGAGAAGUAUUAAUUUCUGCCACAAUUUACCCAUUCGCAAUAACAGUGUUUAGAAACUAUAUUUACUGGACCGAUUUACAAUUGCGAGGUGUAUACAGAGCGGAAAAGCACACUGGUGCUAAUAUGAUCGAAAUGGUUAAACGUUUAGAAGAUUCGCCACGUGAUAUCCACAUAUACAGUACAAGCCGACAGAAAUGUCAAACUAACCCAUGUAAAAUUAACAACGGUGGUUGCGCUCAUAGUUGCCAUCCCGCGCCAAACAAUUCAGUAGAAUGUAAAUGUGACGACAAUACUAAGCUGGUUAAUGAGGGUCGUAUGUGUGUCUCAAAGAAUAUUACCUGCGAUCCUAGCAAGUUCUUCUGCGCCAAUGGCAAAUGUAUCAGCAGAAUGUGGUCAUGUGAUGGAGACGAUGAUUGUGGGGAUAAUUCAGAUGAAGAUAUUAAUUAUUGUGCCUACCAUUCUUGUUCGCCGAAUGAGUUCCGCUGCAAUAACGGACGCUGCAUUUUCAAAUCGUGGAAAUGCGACCAUGAGAACGAUUGUAAGGAUGGUUCAGAUGAAGAGGGCUGUGUUUACCCACCUUGCGCACCCGGUGAAUUUACCUGUCUCAACUCUCGUUGUAUUCCAAUGUCCCAGGUCUGCAACGGCAUUAAUGAUUGUAAAGAUAACAUUACUUCAGAUGAAACACACGAGAGAUGCCCAAGGAAUACAACCUGUCCAGCAAAUCAUCUGAAAUGUGAAAAAACUAACAUCUGUGUUGAACCUUAUUGGCUAUGUGAUGGUGAUAAUGAUUGUGGUGAUAAUUCUGAUGAAGAUCCCCUACAUUGCGCUCAAAGAACCUGUCCACAAAAUAGUUUCCGAUGCCCCAACCAUCGAUGCAUUCCUGCUACUUGGUACUGUGACGGUGACGACGACUGUGGUGAUGGAGCUGAUGAACCUCCGGAAUAUUGCCGUUCAGAAGGCCGCACGUGCUUCGGUGACUUGUUCACUUGUGACAACGGCAACUGUAUACCGAGAAUUUACAUAUGCGACGGAGAUAAUGAUUGCCUGGACAAUAGUGACGAAGACUCAAGGCAUCAAUGUAAUGAACGAAAAUGUGACCCAGAAACAGAAUACACAUGCGAGGAGAACAGAUUUUGGAACAGAGCUCAAUGUAUACCUAAGAAAUGGCUAUGUGAUGGUGACCCUGAUUGCAUUGAUGGAGCAGAUGAAAAUUCAACAAUACAUCACUGUUCUACUCCAACGCCCUGUACGGAAGAUCAAUUCCAAUGUAAUAAUGGCCGAUGCAUUAACGAAGGUUGGGUUUGUGAUCACGAUAAUGACUGCGGAGAUGGCUCUGAUGAAGGCAAGCAAUGUAACACGCAAUAUAAGAGCUGCACAGACCAGGAAUUCCGCUGUCAGAAUUUCAAAUGUAUACGAAAUCAUUUCAGAUGUGACGGAGAAGACGAUUGCGGUGAUCAUUCAGAUGAAGUAGGUUGUGUCAAAGAAAAUAAGACAUGCCCUGACGGUCAAUUCAAAUGUAACAACGACCAAUGCAUUGAUAAUAGAUUAGUUUGCAAUAAAGUGUCUGACUGCACAGACGAUUCUGACGAACCAGCGCAUUGUAAUGUCGAUGAAUGUGCGAAACUAGAAAUAAACCAAUGCGGUCAUAAGUGUAUUGAUACAAUAACUGGAUAUUAUUGCGAUUGUAAACAAGGCUAUAAACUGUUAGCUGACGGAAAAGCCUGUGCAGAUAUUGAUGAAUGUAUAGAGACGCCAGGCGUUUGUUCACAAUAUUGUUCCAACACCCCAGGUUCUUAUUACUGUAAGUGUAAUGACCAAUACUACGAAAGAGAAGUUGAUGAACAUACAUGCAAAAGAAAAGAUAACACAACCGCAUGGGUCAUAUUUACUAACAAAUACUAUGUCAGAAACAUGUCAACAGAUGCAUCAUUAUAUAAUUUAGUUCACCAAGACCUUAUGAACGUAGUUGCCAUAGAUUUUGACGUCAAAGAACAACAAAUGUAUUUCGCAGAUGUGUCUGCUAAAACUAUAUAUAGAUCAGAUUAUUCCGAUCCCAACCCAACUAAAGAAGUUGUAAUAAGGCAUGAUUCACAUGGACUAGAAGGUAUUGCUGUCGAUUGGAUUGGAAGAAAGCUGUACUGGCUAGAUAGACAUUCAAAGAAUUUGGACGUCGCUGAAUUGGAUGGUACUAGAAGGAAAACUCUGAGAACUGGAAUUGCUGAUCCUAGAGCAAUUGUUGUCCACCCUGGUACUGGUUAUUUAUAUUUUACAUCAUGGCACUUACAGGCAUACAUAGGAAAAUUGGGUAUGGAUGGAUCUAACUUUACUGCUAUCUUAAACUGGGAAGACGAUAUCGCAUGGCCUAAUGCGUUAACUGUUGAUUAUUUCACUGACAGGAUCUAUUGGGCUGACGCUCACUUAGAUUAUAUCGGAUCUGCUGAUUUGGAAGGUAGACAUCGCCAUGUUGUAUUAUCUGGAAGUAAAGUUCCCCAUGUUUUUGCAUUAAGUCUUUUCGAUGAUGAAAUCUAUUGGACAGAUUGGAACUUAAAAGCAAUUAGCAAAGCGAAUAAACACUCUGGUGAAAAUUUAGUAACUCUCAGAAACACGACUCAUCGACCAUACGAUAUACACGUUGUGCACCCAUUGAGACAGCUUCCAUACACAAAUCCUUGCGGUACCAACAAUGGAGGUUGUUCACAUCUUUGCUUAAUAGCACCACCCCACGAAUCUAGCUAUUUGAAUAUAGAAGGAUAUGGAGAAGAGGGUGCAACGACUUACAAGUGCGCUUGUCCGAACCAGUUCUAUUUAGCGAGGGACAUGAAAACAUGUAUAGCCAAUUGUACAGAUGGUCAACAUAGGUGUAAUGGUCGCGAUGAAAAAUCGGGCAUAUACGAGGUACCUGAUGAACUGAAGGAAAAGGUUGUGUCCGCGGUGAUUUCGCCGUCGUCGACUGAGACCCGCGGGGGCCCCGGUAAAAGGCCCCGCGCGCUGGACCCGGCCGCCGACACGGGCGUCGACACGCAGCAGCUGGUGCGCGAGGACCGCGACUGCUAG